CUCUUCCACCCUGAGGAGUUACUCCCCCCACCAGGGCCAGCCCUGGGCCAGGUACACAGAGGCAGGAGGCACCCCUUAUGGUGCAGAGUCCAGCAAGAUACAACCCCACACUGAAGAGGGCGGAAACAGACAGGCGGGCUCCCCUUUACCCAGCUGGGCAACUGCCCAUUGGGCAGAUAGGGCCUGUUGGAACCGCCCACCUUCCACUCUCAUAAGAAUGCCCCAGGGUCCCGCCUGGGUUACUGUUGAGGCCACAGCAGCAUCAUGGCAGACCUCUCCACGUUCCUGACGACUCUGAUCCUUCUAGGAGUGGCCCUAUGUGCGGCACAGCCCCGCGGCCGGAUCCUGCGCGGCGAAGAAGCCAAAUCUCACGAGCGGCCCUACAUGGCCUCGGUGCAGGUGAACGGCACACACGUGUGCGGCGGCUUCCUGGUGGCUGAGCAGUGGGUGCUGAGCGCAGCGCACUGUCUGGAGGACGCGACCAACGAGACGAUGCAGGUGCUCCUGGGCGCACACUCACUCUCGCAGCCUGAGCCAUCCAAGCACCUGUAUGGUGUGCUCCGAGCUGUGCCCCACCCUGACAGCCGGCCAGAUACCAUCGACCACGAUCUCCUGCUGCUGCAGCUGUCUGAGAAUGCCACUCUGGGCCCCGCCGUGAAGCCCCUGCCCUGGCAGCGCGAGGACCGCGAAGUGGCAGGGGGCACGCUCUGCGACGUGGCCGGCUGGGGCGUGGUCAGCCACACCGGCCGCCGGCCCGACCGCCUGCAGUACUUGCUCCUGCCGGUGAUGGACCGUGCCACCUGCAACCUGCGCAGGUACCACGACGGCACCAUCACUGAGCGCAUGAUGUGCGCAGAGAGCAACCGCCGGGACACCUGCAAGGGCGACUCCGGGGGCCCGCUGGUGUGCGGCGGCGUGGCCGUGGGCGUGGUCACCUCGGGAUCCCGUGUGUGUGGCAACUACAAGAAGCCUGGCAUCUACACUCGUGUGGCGAGCUAUGCCGCCUGGAUCGACAGCGUGAUUUCGGGGGGAGUGGCCUCCUGAGGAGACACUGAGGGGCGGGGUCACAAGGAGUAAUAAAGUCAUUCACUCCCUCAUCCCAUCA